AUGAAGAAGUAUUUAUAUGAAACUAUUGGGAAAGAUGGGGAAUCGACUGGCAUUGCAAUAGUUGUGUAUGAUUCUUUCAUCGCUGCAAACUGUAACCUAGGUCACUCAGACCUAAAAAAAGACGCAAAAGUUCAUAUCAAACAUGUCGAGCAUACUAACUCAACGACCGUUGCCAAAGUUCUCGAAACCCAAGAAUACCAAAACGUUAUGAUGAUGAAGCUUCUGGACGGCGAAAAGUUUCCGGAAUUCCCUCGCGAAAGUUACGGUGAAAAGGUUGGAAGGAAGAUCAUAAGCAUGGGUUGGGACCAGGAAACUAGAACUGUGCAGUUCAGUGAGGGAAUUGUCGAGAGAUACAGAAACGGUUACUGCUAUGCCCAACUAGAAAAGGGAUCCGUCGGAAAUGGGAUUUUCAGUGUGGACGGUGAGUUCUUCGGGUUGGUUUCUCGAAUCGAUGACGGAGAAUGCAAGAUCGCGUCAAAAAAUGUGGUGUUGGGUUUGACAGGAGGUCCAGAAGGGUACACUCAUACCUAA